AUGAGGGAAUACUUAGUCGAUACCAUUAUUGAUGAGAAAUUUUAGGAAGAGUUUAAUCAAGGCUAGCUUGAUUGUGUAGUAUGCCUAGAAAAAAUCAUCAUUGAAAAGGGUUAAUAAUCUGGAGCAAAGAGAAUUUUAAAAAAUAUGUCAUAGGAAAUUGUAAGAAUGAGCUGCACUUAAAAGUAACCUAAGUAUUAUCAUUACGGAUGUCUCUAUAACUGGCUCUUGCAAAAAGCUAAUUGCCCACUGUGUAGAGAAUAUGUUAACUAAGAAAAUCAUAUUUACAAAGCACUAUAAGAAGGACAGGUUAAUCAUUACUAGAAAGAAUAAGAAGUUAACUAAAUUGAACUCUCAGUAUAAUUAGAGAGGAGAAAUCGUUAGAUUUUAUUAGGCCAUCAAAGGGUUAUAAGUAGUAAUAUACCUUUGACUGAUGUCAAUAAUGAUCUAACAACUAUUUAAAAUCAUGCCUUAGAGCAAGCAGAUUUUGAAAAACCUAAUAAUACUAAUGCUUGA